UUUACAAACUCAGCAAAAUGGUCAGUUUUGAGGAAGCCGCCGAACUCGCCAAGAACUUCUCCAAGAAGCCCACCGACUCCGAGUUCCUGGAGUUCUACGGUCUCUUCAAGCAGGCCACCGUUGGCGAUGUGAACAUCGACAAGCCCGGCAUUCUGGAUCUCAAGAAGAAGGCCAUGUACGAGGCCUGGAACGCCCACAAGGGUCUCUCCAAGGAUGCCGCCAAGGAGGCCUACGUGAAGGUGUACGAGAAGUACGCCCCCAAGUACGCCUAAGGCCAGACUAUUCUCCAGACUGUUCUCUAUCUGACAAAUAAACUCGAAAUCUUAUUAUGAAUA